AUGCCUGCAGCGCGCAAAUGGGGUGGCGAUAACGGUGAAAGACACUCAGAAGUGGAGCUGCGUUUGGAUGAAGAAACACCACCCCGGGAAGAACUGGAACGCGAGCUCACACUGGAGCCAACAGUUAUGCGUGUGAAGACCAAGGUCGGCCAACGGUUAUCGGCCGGGAACCUGCGAAGGCCUCCGCACCCCGUGGUGCUGCAUUGGAUCACGGAGGAGUGUGAUCAAGUCCCCAAGCAGAUCAUCGUUGACGCGUUCCGCCACUGUGGGAUUUCAAGCAAGCUGGACGGGAUGGAGAACCACCUGGUGAUGUCUCACCUGCACGCCAAGAGCACCACCGAUGUCUCCGAGGACAUGUGCCUUGGGGGAACCACGGGCGACAACACGCGCCUGCUUGGGCAGGCUCCAGAGGAGGAGGAGGAGGAGGAGGAGGAGGAGGAGGAGGAGGAGGAGAUGCAGGCGGAGGGCGUAAGGGAGGUCGCCGUGGCAACCGGCCUGGAGGUGCUGUACCAGGAGACCCCCAACUACCGCGGAGCGGCGGCCGAAGCUGACCGCAUGAUCGAGCCUAGGCAGACGGCUAGGCAUGCCUGGCGAGUGCCAGACUUGGGUGUUAGGGAGCCUGCUGUUAGUGCAGGCGAUGAGGCCAUGACGGAGGGGGGCUAG